GCGGCGCCCGAGACGCGCGGCCCGAGUCACGCCGGCGGCGCCGCUUCCUCGGGGAGGUCCGCCGGGCGCGCUGGCUCCUCCCGCCGCCUAUAAAGGCCGCGGGCUCCUCGCCGGCCCCGCGCGCACCGGCAGCCCGGCCCCGCCGCCCGACCGAGCCCGGAAAGGCAGCAGCGGCUUCCGGGAUGUCUGUCAGCAGCGACCACGUCAGCAUCUCCAUGUCCCAGAGGAACAACAACGGCCUCCCCCGGCCCGGCACCGGUGCCAACGACACGAAGGCGCUGCCCGCGGGUGACGUGCUGAGCUUCCACAACAUCCACUACCGGGUGAAGGUCAAGAGCGGCUUCCUGUUCAGCCGGAAGACGGUGGAGAAGGAGAUCCUGAAGAAUGUCAACGGCAUCAUGAGACCAGGCCUCAACGCUAUCCUGGGACCCACCGGCGGAGGCAAAUCUUCGUUGUUGGAUGUCUUGGCUGCGAGGAAAGACCCACAUGGGUUAUCUGGAGAUGUGUUGAUAAACGGAGGCCCUCGACCUGCCAAUUUCAAGUGUAAUUCGGGUUACGUGGUACAAGAUGACGUCGUCAUGGGGACGCUGACGGUGCGGGAGAACCUGCAGUUCUCAGCAGCCCUCCGGCUCCCGACAACCAUGAAGAAUCAUGAGAAAAACGAACGAAUUGACAAGGUUAUUCAAGAGUUAGGACUCGACAAAGUGGCAGAUUCCAAGGUGGGGACCCAGUUCAUUCGUGGGGUGUCUGGAGGGGAGAGGAAGAGGACCAGCAUCGGCAUGGAGCUCAUCACGGACCCCUCCAUCCUGUUCCUGGACGAGCCCACCACCGGCCUGGACUCCAGCACGGCCAACGCGGUACUCAUGCUACUCAAGAGGAUGUCUAAGCAGGGACGAACCAUCAUCUUCUCCAUCCAUCAGCCUCGUUAUUCCAUCUUCAAGUUGUUUGAUAGCCUCACCCUACUGGCCGCGGGAAGACUCAUGUUCCAUGGGCCUGCUCAGGAGGCCUUGGGGUACUUUGAAUCAGCUGGCUACCACUGCGAGUCCUACAACAACCCCGCAGACUUCUUCCUGGACGUCAUCAACGGGGACUCGUCCGCCGUGGUACUCAACAGGGAUGAGGACGGCAGCCCAGCCGAGGCUGCGGACGAGCCGUCCAGGAAGGGCACCCCGCGCAUCGAGGAGCUGGCCGGCUUCUACGCCCGCUCCGGCUUCUUCCGGGAGACGCAGGCCGGGCUGCAGCAGCUGGCGGGGGACCAGCGGCGGAAGAAGAAGGGCGCCGAGCACAGGGACAGCGCCUACGCCACCUCCUUCUGCCACCAGCUCCGCUGGAUCUCCAGCCGCUCCUUCAAGAACCUCCUGGGCAACCCCCAGGCCUCCAUCGCGCAGAUCAUCGUCACCAUCAUCCUGGGACUGGUUGUAGGGGCCAUUUUCUACGAUCUGAAGAAUGACCCGACAGGAAUCCAGAAUAGGGCGGGGGUGCUCUUCUUCCUCACCACCAACCAGUGCUUCAGCAGCGUGUCGGCCGUGGAGCUCUUCGUGGUGGAGAAAAAGCUCUUCAUACACGAGUACAUCAGCGGCUACUACCGCGUCUCGUCCUACUUCUUCGGGAAGCUGCUGUCGGACCUGCUGCCCAUGCGCAUGCUGCCGAGUAUCAUCUUCACCUGCAUCACGUACUUCCUGCUGGGGCUGAAGCCGGUGGCCGCGUCCUUCUUCAUCAUGAUGUUCACCCUGAUCAUGGUGGCCUACGCGGCCAGCUCCAUGGCCCUGGCCAUCGCGGCCGGCCAGAGCGUCGUGUCCAUCGCCACGCUGCUCAUGACCAUCUCCUUCGUGUUCAUGAUGAUCUUCUCAGGGCUCUUGGUGAACCUCAGGACCGUGGUGCCGUGGCUCUCGUGGAUUCAGUACCUGAGCAUCCCUCGCUACGGCUAUGCGGCGCUGCAGCAUAAUGAGUUCCUAGGACAGAACUUCUGCCCCGGACUGAACAGCACCAUCAACAACACUUGUAGCUACGCAACAUGCACCGGAGAAGAGUUUCUGGAAAACCAGGGCAUCGACAUCUCCCCGUGGGGCCUGUGGCAGAAUCACGUGGCCUUGGCCUGCAUGAUCGUCAUCUUCCUCACGAUUGCCUACCUGAAGUUGUUAUUCCUUAAAAAGUAUUUUUAAAUUCCUCUUGAACCUACACGACAUCUGCACAUUAAAACGGAGCACUUUGAUUUAAACAUCUG